CUAGUAGUCCACAAAUCCACAUGAGCAAGCACCAUCAACAAGGAGAAAUUAACAAAGGAGAAACGGAAACACCAAGCUCUCCCAGCUAGCUCCUUUUUCUUCUCUCCCCACAUCCCAAAAACCAUUCUUUACUCUCCUCCAAGAAAACAAGCACCACAAACCCUAAAGAAACACACACACAAACUCUCUCUUCUUCUUCACCUUCUUCUUCUUCUACUAUUAUCAUCACCACCACCACCGCUUCUUCUCUUGCAUCUCCAAUUAUUAAUAUUAUCGCUCUUCUCCUAGCCUAGAGAGAUGGCAGGCCUGGAUUUGGGCACCAGCUCCUACCUGCACCACCACCAGUCGCUCCACCUCCACCACGAUGACGGCGGCGCGGGGGGCUCCGACGACGGCCAGGACUCGCUGUCUCCGGGGAGCGGAGGAGGCGGCGGCCCGACCAGCACGGCUGGGGGCGCGGGCAUCGAGGGCAGGGAGAUCGUCGCUCGCCGCCCGCGCGGCCGGCCGCCGGGGUCCAAAAACAAGCCCAAGCCGCCGGUGAUCAUCACCAGGGAGAGCGCCAACGCGCUCCGGGCGCACAUCCUCGAGGUCGCCGCCGGGUGCGACGUCUUCGAGGCGCUCACCUCCUACGCGCGCCGCAGGCAGCGCGGCGUCUGCGUGCUCUCGGCGGCCGGGACGGUCGCCAACGUCACGCUGCGGCAGCCGCAAUCGUCCCAGACCGGACCCACCUCGCCGGCGGUGGCGACGCUCCACGGCAGGUUCGAGAUACUCUCCCUCGCUGGCUCCUUCCUCCCGCCCCCGGCACCGCCGGGGGCCACCAGCCUCGCGGCCUUCCUGGCAGGGGGGCAGGGGCAGGUGGUCGGCGGCAGCGUGGCCGGCUCUCUCAUCGCCGUGGGGCCGGUGGUCGUCGUGGCCGCGUCGUUCAGCAACGUCGCCUACGAGAGGCUGCCGCUCGAGGACGGCGACGAGGUGACCCCUCAAGCGCCUGCGGGGAGCGACCAGGCCGGUGUGCCGUUCGGCGGUGAUCCCUCGUCCGCCGCGGCCGCUGGUGGGCUUCCGUUCUUCAACCUGCCGCUUGGGAUGCCACCAAUGCCGAUGGACGGACACACCAGCUGGCCUGGAGCCCCCGGCGGCGUCGGGAGGCCGCAGUUCUCAUGAUGGAGAUGCAAUCCGCCCAAUGAGGUCGGCUAGUGCAAGGACAUGGACAUGUACAACAACAAACCUCUCUCUCUCUCUCUCUCUCUCUCUCUCUCUCUCUCUCUCUCUCUCUCUGCUUGUUCAGUUCUUUCUUGUGCCAUUGUGAUCUCUCUCUGAUGUUUUUGGUGUUAACGAGUAUGGGACUUGAUUGUGUUAAUUGUAGAUUAGUCGGGUGCCUCUGUUUAAAUUGGAUUACGUUGUGAGGACAUGCAUUCAUAAAUUGAUCAAAAUUAGUGUUGUUGUUUAUGUCUCGGAACUGAUGUUCGAGUUAAUUUUAGUAGCAUAAUGUUGCAGGAGACAUGAAUUCUUGUUGUGCCGGGAAAUCAAAGCUCUAUGUUUUAGUCUGUC